GAUCAGUGAUUAGUUUCUGAUUUUAUUAUCAGAUGAUUGUGACGUAAUUUAUUUCUAUGAAGAGCAAAUAAUAGGUUACGUUGCUAUAUAGAACUUCCAAUCAUUAGAAUAAAUUAAUUGUAAUUGAAUUUUUUUAUAUUAAAAUGUGGGUGGAAGAAAUUGAUGAAUUUUUCAAAGGAUAUCUACCUUACUAUGUUUUACUUUUUUUACCUAUUUUCAUUCUUAUAUCUCCUAUAAAUCCGGUUCAAGCUUCCCAUGAAUUUCCUGUUUAUCGAAUGCACCACUUCGAUUUGAAUGGAUUAUCUCAUGGAAGCCGAGGAGCCUCCAUAAAUCUUGAGGCAAGAUCUAUCACCAAUUGGAAAUCAGCUAGACAUUGUGUUGUUACAAAAAUGAAAGAUUUGUCAGUUGGUCAAUUAAGAGAUGUUCUUACCAAAGCAGGAGCUUUAUUGAUUUUAAUUCCUAGUGAUUUGAGUAGCCUAUCUUCUGAUGAAAAAGAGCAUUUAUCAUCGCUUGAAAGUGCUCUCAUGAACCAAGAGACCUCUAUACCUGUUUAUUUCAUUAGAGACUCUCCAGAAUUUGAGCAUAUUUUUGCUGAAAUAGCGGAGAAUUCAGUUGCAAAUGAUUUAAAAAAAUCUGCAGCUGAAGCCCUAUUUUCUUCAGUGGCUGCUAAUGGUUAUCAAAUUGUUGUCUCACCUGGAACUCCUAAUAUUAAGAAAGAUGUCAAAAUAUCAACAAUUCAAGGACAGCUUGUUGCUAACAAUAUCAAAGAUGAAAAAAUUUCCACUAUUGCCGUUGUGGCUCAUUAUGACAGUUUUGGAAUAGCACCUGAAUUGUCUUUUGGUGCUGAUUCUAAUGGUUCUGGAGUGGUGAUCCUUCUAGAACUGAUCAGACUUUUCUCAGAGUUAUAUGGAGAUCCAAAAACACAUGGAAAAUUCAACUUGAUAUUCCUUCUAUCUGGAGGUGGAAAAAUCAAUUAUAUGGGAAGUAAAAAAUGGUUAGAAGAUCAAUUAGAUUCUUUAGAUGGAUCAAUCAUUCAGGAUGCAUCAUAUGUCAUAUGUUUAGAUACACUAGCAAAUAGUGACUCCUUAUAUAUGCAUGUCUCUAAACCUCCUAAAGAAGGGACAUCUUCACACUCCUUCUUCAGAGAACUGAAAACAGCUGCUGGACAGCACUCAAAUGUUACCGUAGAAGGAGUACAUAAAAAAAUUAAUUUAGCUGAUGAUAUAUUGGCUUGGGAACAUGAAAGAUUCAGUAUUAGGAGAUUACCAGCAUUUACUUUAUCCACAGUGAAAAAUUUCAGAGAUAAUUCUAGAAAUACAAUUUUCGAUGUAAAAAGUACAGUGAAUAUGGAUAGAUUAGAGAAUAAUGCAAGAUUGAUUGCUGAAGCCAUUGCAAAGCAUGUUUAUAAUGUUUCCAAAGAAGCCAUAUUAGGAGAGGUCAUUAAUAUAAAUAGGGGCCAUAUGGAAGCCUGGUUGGAUGUGAUAAGUAGCCAGCCUAGAUCAACCCAAAUACUUAGUAAUAAGGAUAAUUAUCUUGUUAAAAUAUUCAAAGAUUAUUUCGACCAACAUCUAGUUGAUACCAAAGUUUAUUAUGCAAGUCCCGAUAAGAGGGAUCCAGAGUUCAAUUUUUAUGAUAUUACCAAAAGUGUAGUCAACAUUUAUAGUGUCAAGCCAGCAGUCUUUGACCUUUUCUUAACUGUAGCAAUAGCAGUUUACCUUACAGUAAUUUAUUUCUUUGUACAAAAAUUCUCAUUGUUUUAUGAAGUGGCAUGCUCUUUAACUGUGAAAAAAAAGACUAAGUAAUUUGUAGCCUUCAAUUCCUUAGGUAGUAUUAUCUAGAAUCAUUUUCAUUUUUUGUUAUUCAAUGAUUAUUCUUUACUCAAUAGUUUUGUUUUCAUUGUCAUAUAGUUAAUUUAUUUGUUGCAAUAAAGUCUUUUCUAUUAUU